AUAUUUAAAAAAAAUUCUUGUGCUAAAAUAUUUACAUGUAAUUUUAAUACCUAUCUUUCGGUGCAUUAAGCAUGUCCUGCAACUACGCGGAUGGUCUAUCUGAUUACCAAAACAAGGGGAUUUUGGGAGUUUCAGAAGUUUUUGACGACGCAGAAACCGUAGAACGAAAAUGCGAACAGUUAGCUAAAUUGAUUGCACGUUCCAAACAUGUAGUGGUACACACUGGGGCAGGUAUAAGUACAAGUGCUGGCAUACCUGACUUCCGGGGUCCACGGGGUGUGUGGACGUUAGAACGAAAGGGCGAGAAACCAUCGGUGAACAUUGCAUUUGACGAAGCAAUUCCAACAAAAACUCAUAUGGGCCUGAAAGCCUUGGCGGAAGCAGGUUUCGUGAAAUACGUAGUAAGUCAAAAUAUCGAUGGACUACAUUUGCGAUCCGGAUUAGAACGAAAAUACUUAGCGGAGCUUCAUGGAAAUAUGUUCGUGGAGCAAUGUCUCAAAUGCCGUCGACAGUAUAUUAGAAAUAAGCCAGCUCCUACUGUGGGCAAAAAGUUAACUGGGGAAGUUUGUAAAGGGACGAAAAACUCGCGAGCCUGUCGGGGUGGUAAUUUAAUUGACAAUAUUUUGGAUUGGGAGCAUGACCUGCCAGAAAAAGAUUUGGACUUAGCGUUCAUGCAUUCGGCUAUGGCCGAUUUGAACAUUUGCUUAGGAUCAACUUUGCAAAUUGUACCAAGCGGUAAUUUACCUCUCAGAAAUAAACGUUAUAAUGGAAGUUUGGCUAUUUGCAACCUGCAACCUACAAAGCAUGACAAAAAAGCAGAUUUGAUAAUAUCAACAUAUGUUGACGUCGUUAUAGAAAAGAUAGCAAAGCGGCUAGGUGUGGAAAUACCAGAUUAUACGAUGGAACUUGAUCCCACUAAAAGCAAUCCAUGUACCAUUGAGUGGACUAUACCGUCCGAACAGGUUAAAGCCUUGGAUAGGCAAUAUUCCAAAGUUAUUCGUGAAAUGUCAAAAAAUCGUAAGUCAGGGUCGGCGAACAACGCAAGCGUAACGGAUGACAUGGACAAUUUUCUCUCAGAAUCUAAGAAAUUGAAAAAAGAAGAUAUAUCAGAAGCUGACACUGAUAAUACUAAUGUGAACGUAAAGCAAGAAUGUGGUGAAUAACUAAAUUUCCUAAGUCUUAAAAAUUAGUAUUUAGUGAAAGAUUGAAGAAUAAAAAAUA